GACUAUCGAUUAGCCAUCAAGAAAAACAACUUGUUUACGUUAUAAAAUAAUUUAGUAAAUCAAUUGAUAACAAUUAAAUCCGAUGACGAGCAUUGCCGGUGGCCACGGGGAGCCGAACCCCAACAGCUCCUGGUUGAGUGCACGUGGCUUUUGGCUGGCGUACUUCCUUGGUUUACUGUCCAUUCAUUUGAUACUCUUAUCUCUGCCCUUUGUCAGUAUUUCUUGGGCCUGGACAGCGACAAACCUGAUUCACAAUUUGGCCCACUUGUACUUCCUGCACAUCAUUAAGGGAGCGCCUUGGCUAAGCAUCGAAAACGACCCGAGCCGCCGCUGGACGCACUGGGAGCAGAUUGACGACGGCAUUCAGAUGACGACCACCAGAAAGUUCUUAACAGCCGUUCCCAUUGUGCUUUUCUUGCUCACCUGUCUCUACACCCGGAACAGUACCGAGCACUUUAUUGCCAACUUUGUGUCCCUAGUUGUCGUCACGCUGCCCAAGCUGCCACAGUUCCAUGGCGUGCGAUUGUUCAACAUCAACAAGUACUAGGAGCCAGGAGCGAAGCGCAAAGCGCAUUUAUUUAGUCUCUUAAAAAUGUACAUACAAAUAGUAGUAUAUCACUAAAGUUAUACAUAUUUAUACUCUGACGGCUUGCCGCUAUUGACCCAAUCCGUAAAUCAUGUAGGUAAAAAUGUACCUAAUAGAGUAGCGGGCAGAAUUUUCUGAAAAUUCUAAAUUAAAACUAGUCAUAAAAUGGGAAUGUAAAUUCAAA